CCAUAUCACGUAGAUGCUACUAGCUAGCUAGGUCACUCGAGGUACGACAGGUUCAGUCAUCGGGAGAAAAAACCUCUCUCUGAGGCAGCGGACACUUCCAUCUGGCAACCUUUCUUUGGGUUCAAUUGGUUUUAAAAACAGAAGUUCAUCCUUCCAAGCUCGCAUUGUUUGAAUACAAAGGAUCCUCAUGGCCAGUUUGGAUUAUCCAUGGUCCUUGCGGGAGAGACUCAGAGGCCACGCAGAAACAACGCCGGGAAGAAUCCAUUCUAGCUAGGCACUUCGAAGGACAAUUUUGAUCUCAUUCGGGUCGUUCGCCGCCUUCGGGCGUAAACGGCGACUGAAGCCCUUGUUCCAAUUUCAUGAGAAUGAAGCCAUGGGUAUCGUAGGAGUCACUAGAAUGCACACAGUGUCAUCUGUUCACCAUGAGAAGCCUGCACAAAAGAUUCCGCCUCACACAUGAUUGGUGAAACGGCAAGGGUGGUUUGCUGUGUUGGUGGGUUGGUAAGUGGUACCGUACAUGUAUUUGUGGCGGCGGUGUUCGGCCUUGUUGCACCGUGGAAACUUGUGGCUUCUGCUUGGAAACGUGUGAGCCUUUGCUCGUGGACAGGCGCUGCAAAUCCUGCCACUUCCUUGCUCUGAAUGAUCGAAGCGAAGGACCAUCCAGCCAUGCAGCCAAGACGGUAUGAUCUGCAACCAAACAAGUGGCUUCUGGCAACUCAAACGAGUUCUUCCGCUGGGCUUUCGUUUGAGUCGGGGCAACGUUCGUGCCACGACUGGUACCAGUACCAGAGCAUUGUUGUGGAGGAAAGCCACAAUCAGGACAACAAUCGAGCACCAUGAUGCUUUUCCUAAUAUUGCUGUUCUUUGAAGCGACAAAUGCAGAGUGUUCCGGGACUUUUCCAAGGUCCUGCGGAAGCUACUUUUCGUUACGACGCUGCGCCACAACCUCCUUGCUGUCUUGUGCGCCUUUCAUGACCGACUGCGCCGAAUCUGGGUGCGUGGAAGCCGGUUGUUUUUGCCGCAACUACAUUGACGAUGUUUUGGCCAAUGGGACAUUUCUGGAGUCUUUUGAGUGUGCGGGGAGCUUGGGUAUCGGUGCACAGUUUGGGUGCUCAGACUUUGUAACACAAGAGCUUUGCCUGAAAGCGAAUUGUACUUGGACGGAUCCCAAUCCAACUCCCAUCGCAGCGCCGCCAGUCCCAACGCCCACAAUAGCACCAACGAUCAACGACAUGCUUGCUCCUACCGAAUGCACUGGGACGGCAAGGUCCUGUAGGAGCUACUUUCCAUUGUGGGACUGUCCCAUACCCAGCCCGUUGGUCUCAUGCAACAGCAUGGCCUGGGAAGAGUGCACGGAGUUCUCCGGUUGCGGGGAUGCCGGAUGUGACUGUCUCCACAGCUAUUUCGACACGGAGGAGGAGGAGGAGGAUUUCGCGGCUUUCGUGGAAACAUACGAGUGUGUGGGAACACCGCUUCCUUGCGCAGAUUUUGCAACACAAGAUCUUUGCGAAACCGCGAAUUGCACUUGGAAUCCUUCCCAGUCGCCAUCCAUCCCGGCUCCUUCGAGUCCACCACCGAGCUCCCUGGAGAGCACGACAACUCCCAGCCAAUCACCGAAGCAACAAAAAGUCCCACCGCAGCAAGCCAAGUGUGGAUCGUUGGCUUCAUCUGCUGGGGACAGCGGAGGUGCAGCAGGGCAAGCCAAAGAUUGCUCCCGCACUUCCGAUUCAGGCAGCGGCCGUAGCCGUGGUGGCGGGCGCAGAUUGAAGGGAAGGUAGCUCACGCGGAUGAAUGCCCUGGACGAGUCUGAUGACUGAUGAUACGUCCGGUUCUCUGUUCACUGCAUUGUUGGAGUCAGCGUCAUCCUGAAGCACUGUUGGCUCUGCCCUUAGAGUGAGGCCGCAAGCCUCGAUCAGUUCUGUCUGCCGGGUUGUCGGGCUUCCAAACUUCCUCUGGAGGUACGCGAACAUGGACGAUGGCGAUGCGCCUGAUUAUCAAAAUAGUAGUUAUCAAAUAGUAGCUAAAAGGUUUCAUGGGAUCUUAUUAUUAUUAUCGUUCGUUCACAUCUCU